CUCCAACCCUGACCAAACAUUUACUCUUUGGGAUCUCUUAAGCAAGACCUAACUGAUCUAGAGAAACAACUUUUGGACCUUUUCUUUCGAAUAACUGUAAAGCUUUGUGAGGAGUCAUGGUGUCAGCAGGCUUUCAGAUGUUGGGCACUGCCCUGUGCAUUAUCGGCUGGAUUGGGGUCAUCGUUAUCUGCGCCCUGCCCCAGUGGAAGGUGACAGCUUUCAUCGGCAACAACAUUGUCACUGCUCAAACCACCUGGAAGGGGAUCUGGAUGGACUGCGUGGUCCAGAGCACAGGCCAGAUGCAAUGUAAGGUGUACGACUCCAUGCUGGCCCUGAGCUCUGACCUGCAGGCUGCCCGCGCCCUCGUCAUCAUCUCCAUUAUGGUCGGCGUCCUGGGCAUACUCCUGGCCCUGGCAGGGGGGAAAUGCACCAACUGUGUGGACGAUGAGGUCACCAAAGCCAAAAUCGGCGUGGCCGCAGGUGUGUUCUUCAUCAUCACUGGAGUUAUGUGCCUCAUCCCCGUGUGCUGGACGGCAAACACCAUCGUCAGGGACUUCUACAACCCACUCGUGAAUGGAGCUCAGAAAAUGGAGAUGGGAGUCAUGGUGUCAGCAGGCUUUCAGAUGAUGGACACUGCCCUGUGCGUUAUCGGCUGGAUUGGGGUCAUCGUUAUCUGCGCCCUGCCCCAGUGGAAGGUGACAGCUUUCAUCGGCGGCAACAUUGUCACUGCUCAAAGCGUCUGGGAGGGGAUCUGGAUGGACUGCGUGGUCCAGAGCACAGGCCAGAUGCAAUGUAAGGUGUACGACUCCAUGCUGGCCCUGAGCUCUGACCUGCAGGCUGCCCGCGCCCUCGUCAUCAUCUCCAUUAUGGUCGGCGUCCUGGGCAUACUCCUGGCCCUGGCAGGGGGGAAAUGCACCAACUGUGUGGACGAUGAGGUCACCAAAGCCAAAAUCGGCGUGGCCGCAGGUGUGUUCUUCAUCAUCGCUGGAGUUAUGUGCCUCAUCCCCGUGUGCUGGACGGCAAACACCAUCGUCAGGGACUUCUACAACCCACUCGUGAUUGGAGCUCAGAAAAGGGAGAUGGGUGCUGCACUCUUCAUCGGCUGGGGGGCCUCAGCCCUCCUCAUCCUGGGCGGUGCGCUCCUCUGUGCCAACUGCCCCCCCAAGGAUAACUACUCUGCCAAAUACUCAGCUGCCCGCUCAUCUGCACCCAAAGACUACGUCUGAGAAGAUAACAGCCAGAUGACAAGGCCAAGAGACUGAAAAAAAGACUUUAAUCAAAUGCUUUGUUGUCCAGGAUUUGUUCAUGCAACCACAAUAAGUAUGAUCUGAAUUUCACAGGGAUUUUAUUGUGGUCACAGUUCUGUUUGAUGAUUUAAUGUUACAGCACUUAAGGAUUUGUUUCAUCAGUGCGGAGAAUGAGCGAUGUGCACCACACCCAAACAGCUGUUCAUGAGGACUGAGUGACAAAACGCAUGUGAGAGGGAGUCUAGUAAAUACAUGUUACAACAACACACAACAUGUACAUUUGAUGAGAUGAAUUCGAUGUAUUUUUCUUUGUUUUCAUACAUUUCUGCCCUUAAAUAUAUCAUUUCAUUUGAAUGUAUGCAUGUCUGUCUGAAACUGUAAAUAAAGUUUUUUUUUUAAUCAA